AUGACGGCAUCAUCAGUCCGAGAGAACGGCGCCGCAGCGGUUGACCCCAGGGCAUCCAAGGAGAUAGCCAGCAUCGCAACGCCGACGAUGGAGCUGGUUGGAGAAGAGGCGAGGUCAACUGACCCCAGCGUGGAGAAGCGCGUUCUCAGAAAGAUCGACCUCUUUCUCAUGCCAGCUAUGGUCAUUGGCUACGGUCUGGUCUACUACGACAAGGCUAUUCUGGGAAGCGCAGCGCUCUUCGGCAUGACGGCUGACCUCCAACUCUCGGUGACGGAUGCUUCGGUCAGCCCACCCAAGGUAGACACCUCGAGGCUCAGCUGGGCCACGUCCAUCUUCUACUUUGGCCAGCUUGUCGGUUCCUAUCCCAUGACCUAUGUCCUGCAGCGCUUCAACAACAGGUAUAUCCUCGGUCCUGCCGUCAUGCUCUGGGCCGUGAUCUGCGCCGCCACUGCUGGAGUGACAACUUGGCAGGGCCUCCUGGUGCAGCGAUUCUUCCUCGGAUUUACCGAGUCGAUAGUUCCUACAGCUUUCAUGAUCACCGUCAGCGGGUACUACACCCAGUCCGAACAGGCCCUGCGGCAAAGCUGGUGGUUCUCCGGCACAGGCUGGUUCACUAUCAUCGGCGGUGGCCUCAACUACGGGUUUGCGCAGAUCGACGGCGCUCUCAAGCCGUGGCAGUAUCUCUACAUCUUCGCCGGUGCGCUGACGUUCUUGUUCGGACUAUGGUGUUUUGCAUUGCCAAACUCUCCCCUGGACGCAUGGUUCUUGACCUCCGAAGAGCGCCUUGUUGCCAUUGAGAGGCUGCGGGCCGGUCAGACGGGUAUUAAGGAGGCGUUACUAGAUGUGAAGAUCUGGCUGGUUGUGGUAAUGAUGGCUGCUGCAUACACGGUGAAUGGGGCUGUGUCUGGCUUCGGGCCACUCAUCGUAUCGACAUUUGGCUGUUCUUCAUUAGAGAGUAUACUGUUUCAGUUCCCACUUGGUGCCAUCAGCGCAGUCGGCAUUACUCUUACAGGAUGGAUAUGCUCCCACCGCAACAUCCGAAUCCCGCUCCUGAUCACCUGCUGUCUCCCUGUCAUCGCAGGCUUCAUUAUCAUCUGGAAGUCAGAAUGGGGAUAUCGUCCAGCUGCUCCGGUGGUGGGAUAUUCAAUCAUCGGUUUCUUUGGGCCGGUCGUCGGUUUGACCAUUGCCCUCGCGGCGGGCAAUGUGGCCGGCGAGACGAAGAAGAGCUUUACGGCGUCCGCUGUUUUCGUUGCAUACUGUGUCGGCAACAUCAUUGGGCCCCAGAUGGUGAAGAGCCAGACCAAGAGCCAGCACUACCCCGAGCUGUGGACAGGUCUGACCAUAUGGUAUGUACAUCGCACUUUGCCAGAUUGA